AUGCAGCCACUGCAGCCUGUGUUUGCCAUGCUUGCUCCCCUGGCAGGCUCUUUGCUGAGGAGGCGGCAGCUGCUGAGGCUGGCUCUGCUCCACGCAGCCUGGGCACUGGGGAGCGGGCAGCUCCGCUAUUCUGUGCCGGAGGAGUCCCAGCACGGCGCCUUCGUGGGCCGCAUCGCCCAGGACCUGGGGCUGGAGGUGGGGGAGCUGGUGCCACGGAUGCUCCGGAUGGUGUCCAAGGAACAGGGGGACUAUUUUGAGGUGAAUGGGCAGAAUGGGAUCCUCUUUGUGAAUUCCCGCAUAGACCGGGAGGAGCUGUGUGCCAGCACUGCCAUGUGCAUUAUUCACCUCGAGGUGCUUUUGGACAAACCCCUGCGGGUUUUCCAUGUGGAAGUGGAGAUCGUGGACAUCAAUGAUAAUGCUCCUGCUUUCCCUUUUCCAGAGAAGCAAUUGUAUAUCGCAGAGUCGAGCAUUCCUGGCUCACGGUUUCCUCUAGAGGGAGCUUCCGAUAAAGACAUUGCUGCGAAUUCUCAGCUUGAGUACACGGUUAGCUCAGACCUGCAUUUCCACCUGGAGGUAACAGAGGAUCCCCGACAGAGCUCAUCGUUAUUUCUUGUACUAAAGGCACCCCUCGAUCGAGAAGAAUGUGCUGUGCACUACGCAUUACUCAGUGCCACCGAUGGGGGCCACCCAAGGCUCACCGGCACGGUCCAGCUGGUUAUCACUGUCCUGGAUGCAAAUGACAACCCUCCAGUCUUUAACCAGUCUGUGUACAAAGUCCAGUUGCCAGAGAACUCAGGGGAUGGGUUCAUGGCAGUGAAAGUAAACGCCACCGAUUUAGAUGAGGGAACCAAUAAGGAAAUUGUGUACACAUUAAGCAGCAAUGGGGAAGAAAUGUUCGUCCUUGAUCAAAGGACUGGUGAGAUCCGUGUGAAAGGGAAUCUGAAUUUUGAGGACAGGAAUUUUUAUGAAAUGCAAGUUGAAGCAAAAGACAAGGGGAAUCCUCCAUUAUCAGGACACUGCAAAGUUUUGGUUGAGGUGCUGGAUCUGAAUGACAAUGUGCCUGAAAUUUCAGUGAUGUCUCUGUUGACCCCUGUUCCAGAGGACUCCACACCAGGGUCAGUGGUGGCCCUGAUCAGCGUCUCAGACCGUGACUCGGGAGCCAACGGGCAGGUGAGCUGCUCCCUGUGGCCCCCGGGGCUGCCCUUCCAGCUGGCCUCCACCUUCAGGAACUACUAUUCGCUGGUGGUGGCCGAGCCCCUGGACCGGGAGCGGGUGGCGGAGUACCGGCUGGUGGUGAUGGCACAAGACCAGGGGGCACCAUCGCUGUCUGCCAGCAGCAACCUGGUGGUACCCAUCAGCGAUGUGAAUGACAACCCACCUUCUUUCAAGCAGCCCUCCUACACGGUCUUUGUGCGAGAGAACAACCCGCCCGGAGCCCACAUCUUCACGGUGUCCGCCUCGGACCCGGACCUGGCCGAGAACGCCCUGCUUAGCUACUGGAUGGAUGAGAAGCUCUGGCCACUGGCCAGCUACGUCUCGGUGCACUCGGAGAGCGGGAAGCUCUACGCCCUGCAGUCUCUGGACUACGAGGAGCUGAAGCUGCUGGAGUUCCAGGUGAGCGCCAGGGAUGCCGGGCUGCCCUCCCUAUGCGGCAACGUGACCAUUCAGAUCUUCGUGGUGGAUGAGAAUGACAAUGCACCCACCGUGGCUGGGCAAGAGGACAAUUCCAUCUCUCUGGUGGUUCCGGUGGCCACUGGGCAGGUGGUGGGCAAGGUCCGUGCCCUGGACGCGGACUCCGGCUACAACGCCUGGCUGCGCUACGAGAUGGAUGAGGCAAUCCUUGGUCCUUGGCGGGUUGGGCUGUACAGUGGGGAGAUCAGCACCACCCGCACCCUGGAUGGCAUGGAGGGCAGCAGCAGCCAGAGACUUCUGGUUUUAGUGAAGGACCAUGGGAAGCCAGCGCUGACCUCUACAGCAACUCUUAGCGUGUCACUUCUUGUAAAUUCUCUGGCUGACGACAGGGACACACACCUUUCCCAGACAGGCGGGAAUCCAGGGCCUCUGGUGGACUCUGCCAAUGUGCAUUUAAUCAUUGCCAUCUGCUCGGUGUCUGGCUUGUUCCUGCUGGCAGUUGCUGUGUACACCACCCUGCAAUGCCCCUGCCAGGCCAAGGAGCCCGUGGCGUACGGCCCUGGCACAGCCACCUUGGUCUGUGCCAGCGAGGUGGGCAGCUGGUCCUACUCCAAUCGCCACAGCCACCUGCUGGCCGGGGUGAAUGGCGAGGCCGGAGCCAAGAGCGACCUCAUGGUGUUCAGCCCCAGCGUGCCUGCCUCGGCCGAGAACGGGGAGGCGAGGACUGUGAAGGAGCUGCUUCUCAAUUUAUCUGGGCAGGCCUUUGGUGAGGACCUUGCAGUGGCCCAGUGGCCCUGUGCUGCCCCGUCUGACAGCGGAAUCGAUGAUCAGAACAGUGCCGUGGGUUGGGAGUUGCUGCCCCUUGCGCCUUUGGAUCUUUUGAGUUAG